GUGCUUGUGAAAAGACAGUAUAUUAAUAUUCAUAGAGAAGAGGAAGUUCCAAGCUGGUGUGAAAAUGCAGACCACCGUUCCUCCUCGGGGUCUCAAACCGUUUCGACGCAGUGUAACUGCUCCUCAUGUCGGCCAUUCGACUAGUGACUACAGGAACAAAUUGAUGUCCGAGUUCCCAGUGGAGGGUGGCGAAAAUGGGGACAUGCACACCGUCAUUGAGAACCUGCAGAAAAAGCGAGAUCUCAUCUCGGGAAGAACAGGGCAUCACACCCACGUCUCGUCUCACUCUCAUCAUCCGCAAGUUACGACAUCCUCACAGAUGCUUACGAACCAGAGUCAGACGAGCACGUCGAGCAGAGUUGCUCAGCAGACCUCGCAGAGGAUCCUCACUUCCUCCUCGUCGAGGGAGAUGUCGAAUGCCAGUAACGUCAAAGUCAAGGACGGACUCAACGAACUCAAACGCGGCAUCACGGAGAUGAAAAACAUGUCUUCAAACUUCUCUCAGCGACUUCGAAGCAGCAUGGAAAACCUCGUCGACAGAGACGGCAGUGGACCCGACGAAAAUCUCUCUGAGCCUCUGGUCACGUUUCCGGAUCCGGACACGCCGCCUCCAGUCACAGGCACGGUCACUUUGACAGGUGGCUCGCCCUCCCAGCAGCUAAACUCUCUCAACUCAUUGAGUAAUCUUCACAAUAUGAACCAGCCCAUGGGCAUGUCCAACCUGCCCACCAUGACCAGCAUGUCCAACAUUCCGGCCGGUCCGGAGACCAUGAAAUUCGAACAAAAGAAGAUGACCAGCGCCUCGAAAACCAAGGUUGUGACCGACGGUUUCAGCGCGGAAAAAGCUACAGCAAAUAGCGCUGAGAUGAGGGCACUUCAAGCUGGCGAUGUGUCUUACAAGGAGCAAAGCGCAGCUACAGUCGCCAGGGCGAGAGUCGAGCUUGAUGGCGUCUCGGCGGAGAAAAGCGUCGCCUCGGCAAGGGAACAACGAAGUCUUAAGGCUGGUGAUCUAUCUCAUCAAGAAAGCAACAACAUGUCCGCAUCGACGAUGAAAGUACAGAGCGAUUCGUACAGUUCGGAAAAGAAAGCAAUGGCAGCUCAGCAGCAGAGACAGACGGUGACGUCGACGGGUAUAUACAAUCACGAGAAACACAUGGCGGCCAGUUCGCAAUCGAGUGUGACGAUAGCGUCGAAGGGCAUCAGCUCAAAAGCGUCGAUGAUAUCGGCAACGUCGGCGGUUAACCAGCUGAUGAACAACGGGACGAGACCUGCGGAGGACGAGCUCUUAUCCUUGCCGUUGGACGACUUGGACCUGCUCUGCUCAAAUUCGAAUCUUCAGGACGUCGAGAGGGCGAAAGCGAAGUACUCCGGCUUCCUGGACACUCUGGUACAGCGGCUGAAGGCCAGUGAUGGAAAGACCGCGAAAGCACCGCUGCUCUUGAACAGAGUUAGCGAAAUUAUCCGGAAGGCAUGGGCAGUUCCUACCCACGGUCACGACCUCGGCUACACGCUGUGCAACACCCUGAGGAAUCGAGGGGGUCUCGACAUACUCAUGUCGAAUUGCAUAGCCUCCGAUAUCGAGCUUCAAUUCUCGUCUGCGAGGCUGUUGGAACAGUGUUUGACGAACGAGAAUAGAGCUCAUGUCGUUGAGAAUGGCCUCGAGAAGGUCGUCAAUGUCGCCUGCGUAUGCACCAAGAACGCGAACUCGGUUAAUCACUCCAGGGUUGGUACCGGGAUACUGGAACACCUCUUCAAACACAGCGAGGGCACCUGCAGCGAUGUCAUCAGGCUCGGUGGCCUCGACGCCGUGCUAUUCGAGUGCCGGAAGAACGACGUUGAGACCCUUAGACACUGUGCUGGGGCCCUGGCGAACCUUUCGCUAUACGGUGGCGCCGAGAACCAGGAAGCCAUGAUCAAGAGGAAGGUCCCGAUGUGGCUGUUCCCAUUGGCUUUCCACACCGACGAUAACAUCAAGUACUACGCUUGUCUGGCCAUCGCGGUUCUCGUUGCGAACAAGGAGAUCGAGGCUGCGGUGCUCAAGUCCGGAACUCUGGAUCUCGUCGAGCCCUUCGUCACGUCGCACAAUCCCUACGAAUUUGCAAAGUCGAAUCUCGCCCAUGCUCACGGGCAGAGCAAGAACUGGCUUGAACGCCUCGUCCCAGUUCUGAGCUCGAAACGAGAGGAGGCCAGGAAUCUUGCUGCCUUCCAUUUCUGCAUGGAGGCUGGGAUCAAGAAGCAGCAGGGUAACACAGAGAUAUUCCGCGAGAUCGGUGCCAUCGAGCCUCUCAAGAAGGUCGCCAGCUGCCCUAACGCCGUAGCCUCGAAGUACGCCGUUCAGGCUCUCAGACUCAUCGGCGAGGAGAUUCCUCAUAAGCUUAGCCAGCAGGUUCCCCUCUGGUCGACCGAAGACGUCAGGGAAUGGGUAAAACAGAUCGGAUUUGCCGAGUAUGCCCUGAACUUCGUCGAGAGCAGAGUCGACGGCGAUCUCCUCCUCCAGCUUACGGAGUCGAAUCUGAUCGAGGACAUCGGAUUGACGAACGGCAUCAGGCGGAGGAGGUUCACCAGGGAGCUUCAGAACUUGAAAAAAAUGGCCGACUACAGCAGCAGGGACACCGGGAACUUGAACAGCUUCCUUGAAUCCAUUGGACCAGAGUUUUCGAUUUACACGUACGCGAUGCUCAAUGCCGGCGUCGACAAGGACUCUAUAAGAAAUUUGUCCGAGGAUCAACUUCAGAACGAGUGCGGUAUCUCUAACGGCAUUCACAGGCUCAUGAUACUCGAGGCGAUCAAAAACAAGCCACAUAAUCUCGGAAUAUUCAAUUCAUCUGGCGACGAGUCGCCGGAUAAAUCUCUCGACGUUUUUGUCAGCUAUAGAAGAUCCAACGGGUCGCAACUCGCCAGUCUACUCAAGGUCCAUCUGCAACUCAGGGGAUUCUCCGUAUUUAUUGACGUCGAGAGAUUGGAGGCUGGGAAAUUUGACAAUAAUCUUCUUCAAAGUAUCAGACAGGCGAAACAUUUCCUUCUUGUUCUCACACCCACCGCUUUGGACCGAUGUAUACAGGACACCGAAUGCAAAGACUGGGUACACAGGGAAAUCGUUGCAGCCCUGGGAUCACAUUGCAACAUCAUUCCCAUAAUAGACAAUUUCCAAUGGCCAGAGCCAGAAGACCUUCCGGAAGAUAUGAGGGCAGUAUGUCACUUCAAUGGUGUCCGUUGGAUACACGAUUACCAGGAUGCCUGCGUAGACAAGCUUGAAAGGUUUAUGCGCGGUGAAAUUCCUAUGAGGUCGGACCUUUCUAGUGGCAUACCAAGAAGUUUGGCAUCCAAAGAUGUUACUCAGCCAGGCACACCGGCCAGCACGAGUAUACGACAACCCAGCUAUCAGCGAAUGCACAGCAACGAAAGCCGCGGAAGCGACAAAGAUUCAACAAAUGGUAGAGAUUGACUAGAUGGCCCCCCCACAGCUAUACCCAACAGCCCAGGAAUAGACUUUGCAUCAAGGCUAACAUGAUUAGGCUUCGGAAAUCUUCAAGUCCAUCUCGCUGGCUGAUGGGUCUUCCACCGACAUCUCCACGUUUAAAAUUUGUUCAUACACGUCCAGGAGGAAGUUUGAUACCUC